GUUUGCUUCAUACUGCAACAAAGUUGGCAACCAAACUGAAAACAGCACCUUACCUCUACGUUUCCUUUUAUUUGCUUCUCGCGUCAACUCGUUCCCAGCAGGCUCUGGUGCAUCUUCCGGCCACUGUAUCAAAAUGCUGCAUCACCAACGCGACGGACUCGAGUGGGAUGAUGAAGGGUUCGACCUGACGCCCCGUUGGGCGUGGCAGCCCCAGGUCGACAAGAUCGCUCAAGUCUGCCGAAGAGUCCUGGGGCUCUCCGCAGAAGACGACUGCCGCGUCACUUUUCAUGCCGAGGGCGCCUUCAACAAGCUCUAUCUAAUCGACACCGCGCAUGGCAAGUCUCUACUCCGUGUGUCUCUACCCGUCGACCCCAAACACAAAACACAGGGAGAAGUGACGACCUUGCGCUGGAUUCGCCGCAUGACCCACGUCCCGGUUCCCAAAAUCAUCGCCUUUGACGACACCCAAGACAACGAGAUUGGCUUUGAGUGGAUUCUCAUGGAGUUGAUGCCCGGCGUCUCGGCGUACAAGAGGUGGCGCAAGCUGUCCAUGGCUGAAAAGACAUGGCUUGUCGAGCAGGUCGCGGAGUUCCAAAGCCGGCUUUUCCGUCACAGCCACGAGGACGCCAAGUUUCAAUCCAUCGGCACACUCUUUCCAAGUGACCCGGGGUCUGAUUCGAUUUACGGCGAUCCGAAGCCCGGCCGGAUCGUAUCUCGCAUGUUUUUCAUGGGGGAUCACUUCAACUACGACAUUGCCCGCGGCCCCUUCCGAUCCAGUCAUGACUGGCUGAGUGCAUACCUCAGCAUCAUCUGCCAAGCGCAAGCGGAUUUGUCGGCCAAGGCAGAAGACGAAGACGAUCGAGAAGAAGCCGAGAAUUGCCUGCGGGUCGCCGCAAAGUUGACGAAGCUGCUUCCCAAAAUCUUCCCCCCUCUCCUGAAUCCAGCCGAACAGACAGUCCUUUGGCACGACGACCUUUCCCUGCAGAACAUCUUAGUUGACGAUGACGGCAAAGUCACGGCGCUGAUUGAUUGGGAAUGCGUGUCGUGCGAACCGCUUUGGGUCGCUGCUGAAAUGCCCAAGUUUCUGCUCGGGCCCGCACGGGAAGAAGAGCCAAAUCGAGAAGGAUAUGCAGACGCCAGCGAGGAUGUCAUUGGGUCCGAGGAGCUUGAUGACGAAGGAAAGACUGAGCUUUACUGGAUUCAUUUGAUGGAGUAUGAACAGACGCAGUUGCGCAAGGUCUACGCUGCAAAGAUGAAGGAGCUUUGGCCGCAGUGGGAGACAGAGGUUACGUAUGGGACCUUGAAGCUGGAUUUCCUGGGCGCUGUCGGCCGCUGUGCCGCCGGAUGGUAUUUGAAACGGAUAGAGCAGUGGAUUGAUGCGGUGGAAGACGGAGCGUUUCCUCGCUUGAUGGAUGUUCUCAAGCCAAACCUCAACAACUGUUGAACAGCAUGUGUAUAUCUUGAGAUUUGUCGAUAAACCCAUGUACUAAUCCCGCAUGGCUUCAAAGGUGGCAAAGAAGCGAAGAGGAGAACAACGAAGAAGUAGAGGAAACACUGCAGUAAAGGGGCGUGGAGACACUACAAGGCCCUGCCUGGUUCCUGGUUUACAUGACUCUCUCACACAUACACCGUCCACCAUCACUGCUUCACCAGGUGACAG